CGCGCGGGAGGCUCCGCGGACAGCUCAGCGGGCGGCCGCGGACCCCGCGGUAAGAGCUCCCUCCGGAGCCGGUGCGGGCUCGGCUCGGUCCUGCUUGCGUUAAGCAGCCCACACGGUGAGACGCCCGACGGAGCUGCUGGGGCCGCGCCUGGAGACAAGUUUGGACCACAUUGUGCAGGUUGCCCGGACCUGGAGAGGGAGAAGGGACUCGCUGAGCCUUUCUGACCAUCCCUGGACUGCAAGCUUGCUCGGCUGUGACAGGGAGAUGCCUUGAGUGACCGGCUGGGAUCUCCACAACGAUGUCCAUGAACAAUUCCAGGCAGCCAGAGUCUCCAGCAACUGUGCUUCUUUCAAACACCACCUGCCAGACGGAAAACCGGCUUUCGGUAUUUUUUUCAGUCAUCUUCAUGACAGUGGGGAUCCUAUCCAACAGCUUGGCCAUUGCCAUUCUCAUGAAGGCAUACCAGAGGUUUAGACAGAAGUCCAAAGCAUCCUUUCUGCUUUUGGCUAGUGGGCUGGUCAUCACAGACUUCUUUGGCCAUCUCAUCAAUGGAGCUAUCGCAGUGUUUGUGUAUGCUUCUGAUAAGGACUGGAUCCGCUUUGACCAGUCAAACGUCCUUUGCAGUAUUUUUGGUAUCAGCAUGGUGUUCUCUGGGUUGUGCCCACUUUUUCUAGGCAGUGUGAUGGCCAUUGAGCGGUGUAUUGGGGUCACCCAGCCAAUAUUUCAUUCCACAAAAAUUACAUCCAAACAUGUGAAAAUGAUGCUGAGUGGCGUGUGCCUGUUUGCUAUUUUUAUAGCUUUGCUGCCCAUUCUUGGGCAUAGCGAGUAUAAAAUUCAAGCCACGAGGACCUGGUGUUUCUACAACACUGAAGACAUUGAAGAUUGGGAAGAUAGAUUUUAUCUUCUACUUUUUUCUUUCCUGGGCCUCUUAUCCCUUGGCGUUUCCUUCUGUUGCAAUGCCAUCACAGGAAUUACACUUUUACGAGUUAAAUUUAAAAGUCAGCAUCACAGACAAGGCAGGUCUCAUCAUUUCGAAAUGGUCAUCCAGCUCCUGGCUAUCAUGUGCGUCUCCUGCAUUUGCUGGAGUCCAUUUCUGGUAACAAUGGCCAACAUUGGAAUCAAUGCGAAUAAUUCUCUAGAGACCUGUGAAACCACACUGUUUGCUCUCCGAAUGGCAACGUGGAAUCAGAUCCUCGAUCCCUGGGUGUACAUUCUUCUCCGGAAGGCUGUCCUUAAGAACCUCUACAAACUUGCCCGGCGCUGCUGUGGGGUGCAUGUGAUCAGCUUUCAUAUUUGGGAGCUCAGCUCUAUUAAAAAUUCCUUAAAGGUUGCUGCCAUUUCCGAGUCACCGGUUGUAGAAAAAGUCAGUCAGCAAGCACCUAGUUUAGUAGGACAGUAAGUUGGCGCAAGGCUAGAACAACAUUAAGAAUAUUUUGGGCAGUAUUUCAUUUCAUUAAAUAAAUAAGUGUAGACUAACUGGAAAAUUCAGACCUCAGCAUGUAGUUUGGGAAUGCAUUUGUCUACUCAGCUUGUUAAAUUUGUUAAAUUAGCUGUCUGCUUGCACAGUUUUCCUUCUUUGUUGGUUGGAUUUGAAUGAGACAAUGCCAUGAGGUCAAACAGACUAUAAUGUUGAGCUUAUCUGUGUGACUUGGGCUUUUGGAAUAAAUGAAUCUGUUGAGGUCUAAGAUCCUAAUGGUACCUUCAUGGUAAAACUGCCUUUUGAGGCCACUGCUCUGCAUCAAUUCCUUAUUCCAUAUAAACUAGGCUCAGUGAAAUAGAAAACCAUCAGUGUGCUUUUUUCUGACUCUGUUCUAGUAGUCAUAUAUAAGCUCAUUCAGUGUGCAUGCAUGAUUGUGACAUUGGGGAUCCACUGUGGCUGACAGGUCUGGGUGGCAAGUUGUCUUAUCUUGUAAAGCUCUUUCAGAUGAGCCUAUCUUGUUGCAUUUGACAAAUACGACUGCUUGCAUUUAUUGUAAGCAAGGUCAGUUUUUGUUGGAAAGGUUGUUUUUGGCAAGUAAUAGAGUUGCAGUUGUCAAACAGUUUCCUUUUUCUCUGGAAAUUUGGGUGAACUGAUCCACAAUAAUUUUAGAGAAAUGGAUUUCCUCUUAAUACACGUACAGACAACUUGCAUGACAAUCAGUUUCUAAAAUGCUUUGUCAUGGGUAACACAAGCAACUUAAAUCCCAGUGAUACUUACAGAGAAUGUAGACAAAGAUGCUUUACUGUGAGCCAUAAUUUUUGGGUCAGCAAACAAAAAAGUUCAUAAUAUAUAGUAUCUACAAUCUGCAGCUAGUGUGUUUCUGGUUUACACACACACAUGGGCAUCAGAAAUUUCUGUUGAAAGCAGGUUCACUGAAUCAGUAAGACAGAAUCUUGUAAUGCUUAUGCUACCGGUGUGAAGGGGAUAAUUGGAAAUUAGCCGUACAUUUUGGGGUAUAUUUAAUUGUUACUCAGAAAUUAAGGGACAAUAAUGUCUCUCCAAGUUUCCCAGUCACUCUUCCUUGUUAGUAUAGUUCUACCCACAUUCUAAUUCAUUGGGUAGAAUGUGGUAAUACAUAUUCAAAAUGUCCUGGGUCCAUCAGGGAUUAAGGCAGGUAGGUCUGUUUUAGAGGACUGAAAUACAUUUCUAGAAAGUUUUCCUGCUUUCGUUAAGUUAGAUCCCUUUAAAAAUUAAUUUCACCUCUGAGACUGACUUCAGACUUUCAAGAAAAUAUCUGAAUUCAAUUAAAAUGAAAAUAUUAUGUUCACAUAUUUAUGAUUUUAGUUGCUAGUUUACAUGGGAAUUGUUAAUUUGGGGGAAAUUGUGGUAGAUUCUCAUUAAUAAAUUAAAAGAAUUUAAGCAAAUAGCCCCCAUUAAGACUUAAAGUCAUCAUUUUUUUCAAGGAGUUUAAAGAAGAAAAACAUUGGCACAUGAUAUUCUUACAACCAGUAAAUGAUUAAUCACAUGACUUUAGUUUAUUCUCCUAUAAACAACACAUAAUAGAUGCUAGAUGAGUUCUUGCCAAAGGGAAUCACAGACAAGAAUUUCCUGGUGCAAAUUGGACAUGGAAUUGCAAAGUUUUUACAUGUUUUUAAUUUAAGCUGACAGUUAUAUAUUGACUAUUGUGGUGUAUAUAUGUAUGUAUAUAUGUAUGUGUGUGCAUGUAUGUGUAUAUAAUGCUUAUUUCUAAAAGCCAUUUUAAUUUGUGAUUGCUAUUAAAUUGCACAAGUGUUCUUAUGUGUCUCAAGAGCACCUAAAGGCAAGAAGAAUUUUCAGAUGUUUCAUUUACUUUAAGACCAGGUGUUUGUUUCCUGGAGCUACUUAAUGGUGGUGGUAUUCCAUGAAAUAAAGCACAAGGAACCACAUCUUUCUCCACCCUCAACACUUUGGAUAAGAACCUGCCGUGAACACUUUCAUGUGCUUUGACUGGAGGAAGGCACUGGGAAGACCUCAUUCACAGGCAGCAGGCCUCUUGUCUGGAAGCCUGAGCCAAUGGCAAAGUUAUCUGUCUAUUGCCACAGUGUCACCCUAGCCAUGGGUGUCUGCACUGAAGAAUCUUGUGCACCAUUGCUUUGUGUGGGAGGCAGAUGUCUGGCGAGUGACAAAGUCACUCUGCACGUAUUCUAAAGGGUUAUCUAUAUUAUCUGGGCAUAGAUUUUGGGCCAUUGAAUAGGUCAGAACAUGAUGUGAAAUGCAUCAAGUAGACAUGGAAAAUUGAAAAAAAAUACUAAAAGAGUAUAAGUUUACAUUGUUUUAGGCUUUUCCCCCUAAAGAAAAUGAAAUUAAAGUGAACACAAUAAUGUA